AUGUGGCCAAACAGCCUCGGAGGAUCUUCCGGUUGCGGCGGGGGUGCCGGGGCUACAGAUCUUGGGGGUCUCGCAGCAUCAACAGCUUCAGCGAGCGACUUGUUUGGACCCACGGGUUUCGGCGCCUCCGCGGCUGGUCCCUACGGCGCUCUCAAGUCCUCGCCUUACGUCGGUGCCCUGGGAAUGCCCCCGAUCGAAGCUCUGCAUGGGACUAUCGGUUAUCCCGGUUGUACUCCCGCCGGUGAGUCCUACUACUGUAACCCAAGAAAACAAAGGAGGGAAAGAACGACUUUCAGUCGAGCGCAAUUAGACAUAUUAGAAGGUCUUUUUUCUAAAACAAGAUACCCGGAUAUUUUUAUGCGUGAAGAAGUUGCGGUAAAGAUUAAUUUACCCGAAUCAAGGGUUCAGGUGUGGUUCAAAAAUCGUCGAGCUAAAUGCAGACAGCAGCAAAAACAACAGCAACAGCAGCAAGAAAAAGCACCGAGAUCAAAAAAACCUUCGGGAAAUCCUGUUAAUAAUCCGCCGUCAGGAAAAAGUCCUUCGAUAGCCACUACACCAACUCCUGCGGCUGCUGUUCCUGCAUCAACGCCAUUAAGUGGAGGAACGGGCGGUUCUGCUGCAAGUUCUCCAGCACUUUUACGAGAUUCGCCGCAAUAUAAACCAGCAGGGAGCACCACCGGCUUGCUAUUCGCUGCAAGCACAACUCCACCGAGUUUGGGCGGGACCGUGUACAGCAGCGGCGGUAGCAGCAGCAGUAUCUGGAGUCCAGCGAUCACGGAAAGCGGAGGAGCAUUCCCUGGAGAUCAUCAAAGACUCGCCUGGACCACAACUGCCUCCCAGCAGCCUUGCUAUCAAAAUUACUCCUCGUAUUACUCCAACAUGGAUUACCUUUCGCCUGCUCCUCAUCAACUCAAUGUCGUCGACGCUGGUGCUGGAAAUUUAGACAAUACGUGGAGUAAAACAAGAGACGAGACAGCAUCGUCUUGGUUUUAUAACAGCGCUGGUUGGGGUGAACGAAAGUGA